CCUUAUGCGAACCAUACAUUUUAUGCGAUCAGGAAUUUCUCAUAAAAAUUAUGGACUACGUGUAGUUAGGUAUAUAAUUAUGUUUUCAGGGAGCUGUGAGGACAUGGUGACUGUGAGGGAGCCCCCCGCGCCCCCCGCCAACAGGAUCGUCGGGGGACGACCCACCACCGUCGAGGCAUACCCAUACAUGGCGUAUUUAAGAUCAUUAUGUACGAUGCGUGGUCAGAAGCUGCUGGGGGGUUACUGUGGGGGCGUGAUACUCACACAGCACCACGUGCUCACCGCUGCACACUGCUUAUUUCGAAUAAUCAAUGACACUACCAUCUUGAGGGCAUCUAAAGUUGUCAUUCGCGUCGGAUCCACCUACAAUGACCGCGGAGGCUCAAAGCAUGAGACGUCCAAGACCUUGGUCCACGAGGAUUACAAAUAUUCGGAGAGUAAAGACAACGACGUUGCAGUGUUGGUGCUGUCGACCAGUGUGAGCAACUACCGGAGCAGCUCGGUGCAGCCAGCCGUCAUCCCCCCGGGGGGGUAUGUGGUCCCGGACAACGCGUCUGUGGUAGCUGUCGGGUGGGGACGGACUAAUAUGAAAUGCAUCAAGUCAAGCCCCAUCGGCCUGCGACUCGUGGGGCUGCGCAAGGUGGACCGAGACACCUGCGCCGCACGUUAUCCGAGAUUCUCAUACAACAACAUGCUCUGCGCGGGGCUGCUUGGUGUUGGAGGAGCCGGCACUUGCAAGGGUGACUCCGGUGGUCCCCUGGUGUACAACGGGGUGGUGGUGGGGGUGACCUCAUUUGCGAUGAGAUGCGCCGAUUCCUUCUACCCUCACGUGUUCACGCGCGUCUCUAGCUACACCAACUGGAUCAACAACACUUUACGACAAAACCAGGUUGAGGUUGUGCACAAGCUCAGUCACAACACCGCCGUGGCUGCUGACGUCAGCAGUUUGAUGCUACUCGCCUUCGUAACCUCAAUAUGGAUAAUGUAUUCCGAAAUCAUUUAUUUUUGAAUUAAGUACCGUACCGAUGAUGAUUUAGGUACGAUUUAUUUUCUAAAUUUAUACAGAAUAAUUCACAAGUUUGGAAAUUCAUAUUGAAAAAGUGGCU